CAUGUGUUGCUUGCAACUCAACACCUCGAUCGGAUCUCCAAGCAUCCAGCUAGCUCCCAUGGAAGGAUCUCCAACCAUGAAGGAUCCAGCCAUGGACACGGUGAUCCUACUCCCAUGGAAGGAUCUCCAACCAGCAGCUACCUCGGACUCGGAUCCAUGCACCUCGGAUCGCAUCCACUCUGCCAUGGCCUAUGAUGGUUCCCCAACACUGUCUUCGCUUGACAACGGCAGCGUCACUACCGCUGAUGCUGGUUUACAGCCAUCAGAUCUCACAUUCUCUGCAUUUUACCCACUGGACUGUUCACUUCUUCUGGAUGAGGAGCUGCCUUUUGUUGUUAAUCAAAACUCUGCCGCAAUUAAUGAUUCCCAUGAUGUAGAGAGCAAGGUCGAUUAUGUUCCUCUCAGAAUCGUUAGGCCAGAGGGCACGGAGAUUCAAGGAAAAAAUCGCCCUGAUGUUCGUUAUAAACCAACGGCUCAGAAAACUACAACUUUCAAAAAAAAGAGAGGAUUCCCGACAUGUUUCAAGGUUGCCAAGAGUGACAAGGAUGAUACUUUUGUGUCGACGAGGAAGAGAGGCAGGCCAGCAGGUUCCAAACCUGCUAAGAGAAAGAUGGAGCAGAAAAUGGCAUGGAAACCGGCAUUGGUUGACGACAUUCAUAACUCGGAUUUGAGAGACGAUACAGAGACAAAGAGGAAGAGAGGCGGGCCAGCGGGUUCCAAACCUGCUAAGAGAAGGAUGGAGCAGAAAAUGGCACAGAAACCGGCAAUUGUUGACGACAUUCAGCACUCCAAUUUGACAAAGGUGAAAUUGCCAGGAGAAUAUCACAGCUUCACCAAGCGUAUGUUAAAAUCUCAUGUAGUUCAAGGCUUUUAUCUGGGUCUCCCGGGUAGCUUUUGCACAGCGCAUCUUCCAAAGGAGAAUAGUACAAUCACAUUAGAAGAUGAGCAUGGGGAGAGCUAUGAUACAAAUUACCUACACGACAGGAAGGCGCUGAGCGGUGGGUGGGGAGAAUUUGCGCGUAAGCAUAGUAUUAGGGUCGGCGACGAUGUGGUCUUUCAACUCGACGGAACCAAAAAAUUCAAGGUGCAUAUACUAAGAAAUGGACCGCCCGGUUUGGACACAUCCAAGAAGAAUAACAUAUGGAACGAGGCAGAAGGUUCAGAACAUGGUGUCAAUUCUAAAGAUCAUCUAGAGGUUACCGCUGGAGACAACAGCUCAACAUCAAGCAUGAUGGCAACAACCUUGUUUGCGAGGGAAGGAGGAGUAUGCAUCGACAAACACGACGUGAGAUCUCCAUAUCCAGGUCUCGGUGACGUGGAGAACUUCCAAGUCAUCCUCCAUGGCUCGAUCAUCAACCUCCCGGACGGCCUGCGCAGGAGGUACUAUGAGCUCUGCUGUUCCCAGAAGGCGGUCCUCCACAGGAACCUGCUCGAGACAAACGAUAUCCUGGCUGAAGGGAUGAUCACGGAGACCAGCCACAUGGCCGAGUGCGUCAUGACCCCCUUCAUGCUGCUGCUGCUACUUCUUCUCGCGAGGUUCUCCUGGUGUGGAAGAAGACGCUGGGGGCAUUGGAGGUUUUUGGAAUGGACGUGGCCUUCUUGCGCAGACGCGUCGAUGACCUUCUCGCCAUCCACGCUGCCCGGGCAUCGACGGUUCGAGUUUACAGCCGCUGCCGGUGGGGACUCUAAAGAAUGUUGUGGAGGCAAUGGAUGUGGAGAUGGAAGAGUUUGGAUGAGAGGAAUGCCCAAGCAUGGCAACUGAAUUUUUGUGCACGUCAUUACUAACUUUCCAAUGUAUGAUUGUGCUCAUCAUUCAUCAACGCUAUAAAAAGCGUAGUGGCAGCAUAAUCUUUUACUCCCUCAUUAAAUGGUUACAGGGUGAUGCAUCCAUGCAGUAUUCUUGUACGUAGUUGUCAUCCCUUUGGCAGAUAGAUGCUGAAGGAAGUCAUCAGCCACCUCUGUGUCUCCGUGAAUAACUUGCCAUUUGGCUGCUGUAUUGGAUUGGAUCAAGCAAUGGCAUUCAGUUUGUAGGGAUCA